AUGGCGAGUCUAGGGUUACGGUUGAAGUCGGCGACAUGGACGUUGAGGAGCGGAGCAGCUGCUGUAUCGAGGCGUUGCUCGUGGGAAUUGGGGAAGGGAUUUCGUGGAUUCUGCGCUGAAGCAGAAAACGAUGUUGUUCCAACUUCAGGAAUCAGCAGACCUCUAGCUGAGAUUCUCAAGGAGCUUAACAAAAAGGUUCCAGAUUCCGUCAUCAAAACCCGAGUCGAAGAUGGAUUCGCCAUGAAAUACAUCCCAUGGCACAUUGUUAAUCGGAUCAUGAAUCUGCAUGCUCCAGAAUGGUCAGGAGAAGUUCGAAGUGUCACUUACUCUCCUGAUGGCAACACCGUCACUGUUGCUUACCGUGUGACUCUCUACGGCACUGAUGCUGAGGUAUUUCCCUCUUCUUUACCAAUAUGCUCUGAUUUGAUUACCAAUGGUGGAGUUCUCUGCCUUCUUGUCCGCGAAGCUGCAAAAGCUAGGGAUCUAGUUACUGCCCCUUUUGCUUGUGUACAUUUGACUUCUCCAAUCUGGAAAUCAAUUACUAAUUCAAUCAUUGUUUGUGUUGUGAAGAUAUUCAGGGAAUCAACAGGAACCACUUCGGUGAAUGAGAAAGGGUAUGGUGAUGCUGUGCAAAAGGCUGAAGCAAUGGCAUUUCGCCGUGCCUGUGCAAGACUUGGAUUAGGUCUUCAUCUUUAUCACGAGGAUGCUUUGUGA